GCACUAACACUGGCCGUGCUCAGAACUGCCUCAGUCCUGAAGACACAACUGACAAAUAGAAGGGAGCCACGCCCUGUUACAGCAGGUGCUCUCACUUUGUGGGUCCUUAUGUGACUGCGUGGCAUUAAUCAGGAUCGCCCAUUCUACAUUGUGUGGCGCUGCUGCCAUGUCUCCUAGUUACUUGUUUCUUGUAAGAAUGCCAGUGACUCAGUUAGAAGCAUACAUCCAAGCCGUCCUUCCGUGUCCUCACCAUCUAGAUGCGAAGCCUGAAUCUUCUGAAUUUCUCCAGAAAGUGAUUUACAAUCACCUUCGACAACGUUCGGAGGAGAGAAUUCAGCAGUGCAGCCUCCUCUCCGAGCUCUAUGAGUUGAUCGGCUUCCACUGCAAGUCCGCCUUCUUCAAGCGGGUGGCCCCCGGCAUCCCGGAGCCUGGCGGGAAGGCCUGCUACCGACUCCUCCUGCAGACGCUUCCUGUCUACACUCUGUCGCUGGACCUGCAGGACUUCAACAAAGGUGUUGGAAUUAAACAUUGCUUCAGUCCCAUUAACCAUGCCUGGUUUGGGCUCUGCUGUCCUGUCUCAUCAGGGUGAAUUCUGAUUCGUGUAGAACAGGGCUCAGCAGACUUUUUUCUGUCAAGGGGUUGGAAGUAAAUAUUUCAGGGUCUGCAAACCUCCUGAUCUCUGGUGCAGCUGCUCAGCUCUGCUGUUCAGAUGCCAGAGCAACCGGACAGCACACACCCAUAGAGCUUUAUUAACAGUGGUGGCUGGGGCUGGAUUGGGUGUAUGAACUGCAGUUUGUCCCCACAGCCUCCUCACUAUUGACGCCUGCACCAGAGCGUGCAUUUGCGACAAUGGGUGAACCUACACUGACACGUCAUCAUCACCCAGAGCCCAUGAUUGACACUAGGAUUUACACUUGGUGGUGUGCACUCUGUGGGUUUGGACAGAUGUGCAAUGAAAUGUAUCCACCGUCACAGCAUGAUACAGAGUAGUCUGUCUUAGUGACCUUAAAAAUGCUCCAUGCUGCACCUCAUUCAUUGCUCCUUCCCCUCUAGUCUCUGACAGCCACUGAUCUUUUAGUCUCUGUGGUUUUGCCUUUCCCAGAACACCGUACAGUUGGAAUCAGACAG